GCACACUCCGGAUUAUUAUUAUUAUUAUUAUUGUUAUAUUAUUCACGUUGACUACAGGUAUGAUAUUUUAAUAUCGCAAUUAUAUUAGUAUUAUACGAGUAUUAUGCUAUUAUUAUUAUUAUUAUUACCAUUAUAAUAAUAUAUUAUAUAUUAUCGUUGGCGCCGUGUACGGUCUCGCCGACACGUUUUAUUAUUAUUAAUAAUAUUAUAUCAUUACGAUGGGACGCAAAAAUUAAAACUCAUCGUCUCCGUAUUAAUAAUAACUAUAUUAUAACAUCGUGAUCGACGUGAUCGUAUAAAAUAAUAAUAAUAUUAUAAUAUAUUGUUUUUCGUGCGUGUAAUCUGUGCGAAAGUUACGCGCAUUACGUACGAGUAGAGUAUAAUAUAAUAUUAUUAUGCCAUUCGGUUCGUUUCGCCCGUCGUGUCGCGCGUCGUCGUCGGACCUAAACGCCGAGUACUCCCGCCCCGGCCCCCGCCCCUACAGGCAUCGCGCCGCCGUCGAACGCCAUCGUCGACGGCGGCGGUGACUGACGGCGCGUCGCGGAGGAGGUCCACACUCAUCUAUUUAAACGCACCGGACGCGUUGCUCGCCGUUUUUGUCGCAUCGCACACGCCAUGUCGCGCACUGUCAGCCGCGAUUCUUCGCGGACGGACGACGUAAACGUGACCACCAUCUUAUUGGUCGCAUCCAACGACAGACGAAAAUCCGUCGUCGUCAACAUGCGCCGCCACCGUUUCUCGUCCAACAGUUGGAUCUCAAUGUGGUCGAUUUUUGAUUUUUUGAUGGUUUUGUGCAUUUUUAUUGUGCAGCUAUCAGCGAAAGGUACAGUUAUGAACACACCGUGCACUAUUAUUGAUAACUGCUGUGUUCGCAACAUGACCAACUUUUGGAAACAUAAAACUGAGUUGCAUUGUACGGGGAUUCAACACAUACCGGUUGUUAAUGAGAUAAUACAUGUGCUAACUAUUGACGAUUCAGACGAUAUUAAAGAGUUAUCAGAAAAAUCGAUUAGUCCAUAUAGUAAUCUUACAGAUAUAAUAUUAAACAACAUGAAAAACUUAGAAUAUUUGGAAUCGUCAACUUUCAAAAACUUAAAUAAAUUGCAAUCAUUGUAUAUAUUGCGAGCUAGUGUUUUGAAAGAACUAUCUUCCGAUAUAUUUCAUGGUCUUUCAAAAACAUUUUUAGUACUCCGUAUAAGUAAAGCGAAUCUUAGGGUCAUUCCUGAUCUUUCAGACCUCGGAACUCCGACUGCGAUGCACAUAAUUGAAUUUGAAGGAAAUCAGCUGGACACUUUACCAACGAAUGGAAUUAAAACUCGAGCGGAACAGUUGUUAUUGGAAUAUAAUAAAAUAAGUGUAGUUGAAAAUUGGGCGUUCAAUGGUUCUGAAAUAGCAAAACUGAGUUUGAGAGGAAAUUAUUUAGACUUUUUAUCUGAACACAGUUUUGAUGGAAUUUUAAACUUACGGACACUAGAUUUAUCACAUUCUUCAAUGAAAGUAUUACCGACAUCGGGGUUGAAAAGCUUAGAGGUACUUCGCGUAGAAAAUGCUCCUUCAAUGACUGUGAUUCCUUCAGUUUAUUUAUUUGGCAAUUUAAAAGAAGCUUAUCUCACUUAUUCAUUCCAUUGCUGCAGUUUUCAGUUUCCAGCUAAACAUGAUUAUUCAUCAUAUGAGUUUCAUAAAGAAGGUUCACAAACUCCAAGCGAAUGUAUUCAAACGAAAAAAAAUUACAACUUUCAUGUGGUGUCCAAUGAUUUCAUAGAAAACGGUUAUAUAGACUAUGCAAACGAUAGCGAAGAACAGUUUUUUAACGAGCCGGCCAUAACAAAUAGUACCCAGGACAUUAUAUGUGGCAAUAUUACUCCACCUACCACGAGAUCCGACGUCAAAUGUUGGCCACAACCGAACGCCUUGAAUCCAUGCGAAGAUAUAAUGGGUUUCUAUUGGCUUAGAGUGUGCGUUUGGCUGGUGGGAAUCGCAGCGUUACUGGCAAACGUUGUUGUAAUGUUGGUGGUUUUCCGUAAAAAGUUUAAUUAUUCCGUGCCCAGAUUCCUGAUGAGUAAUUUGGCUUUCGCCGACUUCUGUACGGCCAUUUAUUUGUUGCUAUUGGCUUACGAGGAUUUGGUGUCCAGUGAAAAGUAUUUCAACUACGCUUACACAUGGCAAAACGGCGUUGGAUGCAAAAUUGGAGGUUUCUUGACGGUAUUUUCGUCUCAACUGUCAGUUUUUGCGUUAUGCUUGUUAACGAUUGAACGGUGGUACUCAAUACGCAGGGCACUGUACACAAACAAAAUGACGUUCGCUUCAACCGUGAGAAUUAUGGCUUUUGGUUGGGUUUAUUCAAUUGUAAUGGCGACCAUGCCGUUAUUGGGCAUUUCGAGUUAUUCUACUACCAGCAUCUGCCUGCCGAUGGACACUGCGCGCGCGAGUGGCAUGUGUUACGUGUUCACGCUGCUGACGUUUGCCGCGGCCGCGUUCCUGCUGAUGCUGUUCUGUUACGUGCAGAUCUACACGUCGCUGAGCUACGAGACCCGACACGCGGCCAAGGGCGAGGCGUCUGUGGCCCGCAAGAUAUCCGUGCUAAUCGGCACAAACUUCGCGUGCACCGCGCCCGUCAUCUUCUUCGGCUUCACCGCGCUACUCGGCUACCCGCUCAUCGACGUCACCAAGUCGAAAAUACUACUCGUCUUCUUCUAUCCCAUCAACUCGUGCGCCAACCCGUUCCUCUACACCAUACUCACGGCCAGUUUCAGACGCGAAGCCUUCUCCACCGUCACCAAGUUCGGUCUUUGUUUGGAGAAUGAGAAAGAAUAUAAAGUGAUUUAUUCAACGCAAACCAACAACACCCAACGUUUAACUCCGGUGCACAGACAGACAUUGUCGUUGACGUUGCCACAGCCCUGAAUGAAAAACAUUCGACUACUACUAUUAUUAUUAUUUUUCGUCAUAAUUAUUAUUAUUAUUAUUAUUAUUAUUAUUAUUACUUUUAUUAUUAUUAUUUACAGUUGCCGUAAUAGUAUUAUAUUUGUAGUUUAUAGUUUAUUAUUACUGCGAUCGCCGGCGUCGAUUUAACAAUCGGUAUGAUAAUAAUAUAAUAUAUCAAUGUUAUAUGUUAUGUAUGUACAGGCGAUCAGUCAUCGCCGGCGAUCGGUCUACAAAUAACUCGAAACGCGUAAUUAUCUAAAUCUUCUAAAAUCUCCAGUAAACGUGUAACAUAACAUUCCCAUCAACGAAUCAAUACCUAAAUAAUUUAUUAUUCAUACUUACAUCUAUAAAUUCCAGUUUCGCUCGCAUACCGUAGUGCUUUAGCUAUGUAAUAAUAUUAUUGUCCCUCGCGCGUCUCCGAGAAGUAUUCGCUAUCUGCGUUAUGCGGCGUGUCUUACAAUAUUCUUAUAUUUCUGCAGUCAAAACCUUGACAUAUUGAUUGCGCGUUUUACGUUAUUAUAUAGAUUUCUCACUUUAAUUUUUCCCGUUUACUGUCGAUGAUAGUAACGUGUAAUGUCUUAUUUACUUGUACCCUCACUACUUUUCCAAUAUUAUAUUGUUUAUAUAUAUAUAGCUAAUAGAUCUGCUUCCUCCCCCCCUCAAACAGUCUGACUCUGGAUCUCUCGUUAAAACACGCGCAAGACGUACAAACAUGAUAUAAUUAUUAUGACGUAUUGACGCGUUCAUGGUCCACACAAUUUAUCAUAUAGGUAUUCGAUAAAAAAAAAACAAACAAAAAUAUAUUCAUAAAAACCAAAACCAUUAGCUAAUAAUUUUUACUUAAAUUCUUAAACGAAACACACUCGAUUAUAAUACAAUAGUACACGUGCCUAAUAUUAUUACUGCAAUACUAUCAUCGUCAUAUUCUUCUUUUUCUUCUUCUUCUUCUUCUUCUUCUUCUUCUUCUUCUUUUUCUUCUUCUUCUUCUUAUUAUUAUUAUUAUUAUUUAUUUUUAUUAUAUUAAUUUUUGUUUAUUAGAUAUGGCACCGACGUCGUCGAUAUCACACCCACCGCGAUGCUGUAUUAUGUUUUUACACUUUUUUUUUUAUUAUUAUUAUUUCUUUAUUGAGAUUAAACAAUAAUCGAAGAUCAACGCGAGAUAUUAAUCAACGCGAAUGAUUACGCUACCGUCAUUCGCCAAACUCGAUUCGCCAGCGCAAAGAUCAUAUUAAAUAGAAUCGAAAACGCGUAAUAUUGCGACGCGCGUUUAAACCUCACGACAAUAAUAUAAUAUUAUAAAUUAUAAUAUUAUUUCGCGCACAUUGCGAUGUAUCGAGAUAUACGUGACAAGUGUAUAUCUAUAUAUUUGCUGUAUUGUAUCCUGUCCGUGUAUUAUCUAAAAUUAAUUUUGAAAAUUCGAAACCAGACAUUUCAUCGAAUAUCGACAUCCGAUAGGUACUACAUAUCGUGACCUACAUGCAUAUUUUCAAGGGAUUUCGAACAGCCGCGAGCAGCCACUCGUUUACAAUCGAAAUCCGUCACCCAGGCCAGCGGGUCCUAUCUAAACACGCGAGUACCUCACUGAUACGCAACACCGCAAUAAUAUUAUAUAUCAUACAACACACGACGUAAUAUUAUUAUAACCAUAUGAGGCUGAUAGAGCAUUUAUAUACGCGUAUAACGUUAAACAUGAUCUGUAACGAAACGUCCUGGUCGGACGCGGUACAACGUUGAGCUACGUCACUACUGUUUUUGAUUUCGUUUCUAUUCUAGUCAACAGAAUAUCGUCCCUAUCGAAAUCCAGUAUAUAGGUGUGACCACCGAGGUACUUACGCCGUUUAAUUUUAAAUUAAUUACAAAAACUAUUAUUAUUAAAAUAUUUAAUAUUAUCAACGUUUUCCUUUCUCGCGGUUGUAUUAUCAGAGAUAAUAUAUACUGACCAAUGAAGACACGCUAUAUUUAUUUGUAUUUUAACACGGGUCGUCCCCGCACGACUGGCUCUAUAAAACAAUCGGAAAACUCAGUUCCAUAGGUACGCCCGGGCUAUAAAUAGCCAAGUGCAUAUUUUAAAUCUUUGAAAUGUUUCCGCGGCCGUAAACUCAAUAUUAGUUGUCGGACGAAUUCGAUCUUUGACACGUUUAUAUUAUUAUAACAAAUAUUACUGUUAUUUUAAAUUCGUUGUUCUCGAUAGUUAUUAGUAUAGUGUCCUGGAGACGUUUUAGUAUUAUUAUUCGAGCUAUUGAUGUUUUUAAAUAUUAUACAAAAUAAAAAUAAUAUAAAAUUGA